ACGCGGCACUAGCUCUGGAGCUAUAGUGAGAUCAGUGGUACGCGGUAUACGCAGCCUAGCGGUACGGUACGCGUACGAUAUACAUGUGUGAGUUGCAGUGGUAGUGAUAUUGGAGCUGGGAAAAAUUCCACAACUUCCAGUGCUGGCAGUGGUUAUCAGAGGGUAAAAGAAGGAUAUUAGACAGCAGCCAUGGCAACCCUGAAAGUCAUCCAGACUAGGCUGAAAUCCAUCAAGAAUAUCCAGAAGAUUACCAAGUCCAUGAAGAUGAUAGCCGCAGCCCGUUAUGCUAAGGCAGAGAAGGAGCUCAAACCAGCCAGAUCGUAUGGAGUCGGGGCUACAGCUUUGUAUGAGAAGGCGGAGCUUGAGCCUGACACAGAGAAGCCUGAGCAUCUCCUGAUUGCAAUCUCCAGCGAUCGGGGUCUCUGUGGUGGCAUCCACAGCAGUAUCACCAAAGCCAUUCGGGCCUCAGUCGACCAGAAACUUGAAGGGAUCAACUCCAGGAUUGUUUGUGUCGGCGACAAAGUUCGUUCUCAGCUGUCCAGGUCACACAAAGAGAAUGUAGCUCUGUCCGUGAAUGAGUAUGGGCGGAAGCCCCCAACCUUUGUCGAAGCAUCCAAAAUUGCACAGGAGAUCUUGAAUCUUGGCGAAUUUGACUCUGGAGAAAUUUACUUCAAUAAAUUCAGAUCUGUUGUUUCAUAUCGUACAACCACACAGCCUCUGGUGUCAUUUGAGACUCUUAAAGGAGCAGACAACAUGUCUGUUUACGAUGAUGUAGACGAGGACAUCUUGAAAAACUACAAUGAGUUCCAGUUAGUUAGCAUCCUGUAUUAUUGCAUGAUGGAAAGUAACUGUAGCGAGCAGAGCUCACGUAUGACAGCUAUGGACAGUGCCACCAAGAAUGCUGGUGAAAUGAUCGACAAAUUGACGCUUCAAUUCAACCGUACCAGACAGGCUGUCAUCACCAGGGAACUCAUCGAGAUCAUCUCUGGUGCCUCUGCUUUGUAAUCCAGUGUUUGCUUAAAUAGAGAAAUUAAAUUGCUUGAACAGUGGAUGCUGGAUAAGGUGUAUCUCCAGAAUGUUUCUGUAUGAUGUUUUAGGUUGUUAAUGUAACAGGCCUGUAGGAUGAGAAUGACAAAUUCAAACAGUAAUUUAACCUGGGAACACAAAUCUUCACAUAAAAAGUUAAAUCCUAAAUCUGUCAGAUAUUCAUGAAAAUAUUUUUCUGUCACUGCAAUGAAAAAAAAUUGCAGAAGGGUGGAGAACAAAACCCACAAACAUGUAUUUUACAUGAUGUUUUAGAAAUUUCAUUCCCAUGUGCAUCAUUUUAACUAGUCCACAAGUGCCCUUUAUACAUGUACUUGAUAUAUUAUUUCCACAGUGGUCUGCCAUAUAUAGAAGACCAACUGGGAAUGCCCCAUGGAACUAUUUAUCCAAAAACUACAACAUGCUGGUAAUACCAACUGGUUUUGUUAUGUCAAAUGUGCUCACUCAAGACCUCCAUAAUCUAGGGUGAACAAGAGUAAAUCUGGGUUUCAGGGUUGAUUUUUCAUAUAGGUGUAUAUCCCAAGUGAGUUUAAACAGCCAUGGACCAUUGCAGAUUUUGCUUUUGUAAUGUGUUCUUUUUUUAGCACGGUGAAUACUGAUUUAGUUUUUAGGUGCUCGGUAGUGCAGCAAUUAUUGGGAUAAAAUGCUGAUGUCAAUACACAACAAGGCCUAGACAGAGAGAAUAGGACUCCUGUGCACUGCUUGCAAGUGGCAGACAGGGUAUCACUCAAUGCACUUGUACAUGUGCCCACUCCCUUUGUCCACAAAGUUUGUUUCUAGUCAAAAUCCCAAAACAUGAAAAAUUAAUUGAAGAGGUUUCUUUAUUCCUACCCUAAAACUAAGUCACUGUUAACCACUUGCCGCUGGGGAGCCCAGUUUCGGGCAUGUAUUCCUUAUAUGUGUAGCCGGGGUCUCUGACAUCAGACAGAGGGAACUUGGCCUUGUAACAAAAACGUACUUGUAACAAAAGAGUAGGCUGCUAGGGAUUACCAACAUUUUUUUCAC